UCCCCAUCAGCUCUCAUAGGGCAUACUAGGUUACUGCUAACCUAUGUCUCUUCCUCUCCUCACUGCUGCGGUUCAGGGCGGCUGAGUCCCCCCGCCUGCACCCUGCGCAAGCACAAGACCAACAGGAAGCCCCGCACUCCCUUCACCACGGCCCAACUUCUGGCCCUGGAGAGGAAAUUCCGCCAGAAGCAGUACCUGUCCAUCGCCGAGCGCGCCGAGUUCUCCAGCUCGCUCAGCCUCACCGAGACGCAGGUGAAGAUUUGGUUCCAGAACCGCCGUGCCAAGGCAAAGCGGCUGCAGGAGGCCGAGUUGGAGAAGCUGAAGAUGGCAGCCAAGCCUAUGCUCCCACCCGCCGCAUUCGGCAUCUCCUUCCCGCUUGGCGGCCCAGCAGUGGCUGGCGCAUCCCUCUAUGGAGCCUCCAGCCCCUUCCAGCGAGCGGGGCUGCCCGUGGCCCCUGUGGGACUGUACACGGCGCACGUGGGAUAUAGUAUGUACCACCUUACAUAGGGCUGAGCUGCCCGUGCGGCCCCUGGCAGAGACUUCUCCGCUCCCCUCAUCCAGACCUGUGGCCCUGGGAGCUGUUCUGUGCCUGGCAGGAUACCCCUGGUGCGGCCCCGCUGGCACCUGGGGAAGGAACUGUGGCAGAGAAAGGGCACAAAGGCAGCCCAGAAGGACAUUUCUGCAAGGUGAGAGCGGGAGGCAGAGCCACCUCUCCUGUCCCUGCAGAGCAGCUGUUACCUGUGGCCAUUUCUCCACCGGCUCCUUUGGAAGGGGCUCUCUCUGUGUACUAUGUAAUAUACUGUAUAUUUGAAAUUUUAUUAUCAUUUAUAUUAUAGCUAUAUUUGUUAAAUAAAUUAAUUUUAAGCUAC